AUGGUUCUGACCAAGGCAGCCACUUGCAGCCUCAUCCACCUCAUCCACCACAUCCGCAUCCACCUCAUCCACAUCCGCCUCAUCCUGAUCCCCCCCCAUCCACCCCAUCCGCCUCAUCCUCCUCAUCCGCCUAGCACGAGCUCGUACAUCCUCCAGGCCUACUGCGGUGACUCCUGGUUGACUCUUUGCAGUGACAUCCCGAGUGGAUGGCAGCAGCACAAUGGGAAGUUCCAAGCAAACAUCAGCGAGGAACCUCCGGCCGCCUCCUCAGAUUCGGAUGCCUCCAACAACUACCUCACCUUUGGAGGGUAUAAAGUGAAUGAUGGGACCUUGCCAAGUACUAGCACACUCACUGGGUGGUUCUCCACUUUGAACGCCAACAAUGUGGAAAUGGACAUGGAGGGCGACGCCAUCAACUACACCAAUUGGACAGUGGCGGCUGAAUGGGCUGUUCAAAUCAAAGAGGCCAGUCCCAGUUCCAAGAUCCAGAUGACCGGCAUGGUGGCGUACUACCCCAAUGCAAGCCAAAUCGCCGAAGACUACCCAGACACCGUGGACUACUUUGCCGUUCUGAUCCAUGCCUAUUAUAUGGACAAGAACGGCUACGCCAUCGACUGUUCCAACCCCUACUCGGGCGAAACCUGGGGUUAUGUGCAGAAUUGGCUCAAUACUUCGAUUCCAAAGAGCAAGCUCAUUCUGGCCCUCACCACAAUUGACUUGAAGCCCUGCUAUAUGGACGUGAUCAAGACCUGGAUCAAGUUCUACAGUUUGGCAGGUAUGAGCUUCUGGGAUUGGCAGAAUCGCUCAAGCGACGUCUCCUUGGAAUGUAUCGAGGACCCCGAUGUCAAUUGCACUUCCUCUACUAGCAGUACUACCGUGACGACCACCACGGCCUCCUGCGACGACCAGUGUGUGCAAGGUCCGUACAAGGGACAAUGUUGCGAUCCUGACUCGGUGACCACGAAGGGGAGCUGUGCCACAUUGGGGCAGGAGGGUUGCUGCGGAAACACGGACAGCAGCGAGUCCUACUGCCAAGUCCAGCGUUGCCACGCCAAAUGCUCCAGUGAUAGUGAUGUCCCAGGCGCUUGCUGUGACACCAGUCAGAGCACGUCGAAAGGGAAUUGUGGCGAGAUCGGCCAGGAGGCAGAAGCUACCAGCCCUAGUGGUGACCACCCCGCUGACAAGAAGAAGGUGACCGAAGAGAAGAAGCCCGCUGAGGCUUCGCCGGAUGUGCUGGCGGAGGAGUUCCAUGGGCUACUGCCCGAGGAGGCAGAGUUCGAGGUGCGCCAGAACGCGGAGGAGGGCCGCUACAUGGCGCCUCGGAGCGGACGGAAGGUUUGCUCCCAGGAGCUCGAGGAGAACGCGUGGUUCUUGUUGGAGUCUCCCAUCGUUUGUUGGCCGCUCACGGAGCAAGAAGGGGAGAAGCUUUCUGACCUUCCCUGCAGCUGGUGUGAGGCCUGCUUGCGCGCCUUGGCCACCGAGGAAGCUGAGCCAAGCGCCCCAUCCAAGCCGAGGUGGAUGGUGAUGCCGCCGAGGCUUUGCGAGAGCUGUGUGGGCUUGAAGGACAUGCUUGCCAAGGACGAGGAGUUGCUCCGGUGGCGCCAGUGGCAGCAGCUUCGUUCGCCCAAGAGUUGCAUCGGAUUGGAGGCCUUUGGCCGCUGCUUGGCGCAGGUAGCGCUAUUGGCUGGUAAAGCCAAAGAGGCUGCGGGCCUCAACGAUGAUGAGGCGCUCCACUAUGCCUUGAGGCUUCAAGGACCUCCCGGAGAUGCCACGGUUGAGUCCCUCCGAUGUUGGUGGCGGCGGAGCGAGGGUUGGGAGCGGCGGCAUGGAGGGUCACCUCUUGGACAGAAGGGGCUUCGUCGAGAUGUCGAGACGCCUGAGGCUGCAUGGCACGACGCACGGGAGCUCAGUGGACCGCCCAAAGAGGUGGCGGAGGCCCUGCGAUCCUCCGAGCCCUUCGCAGACAGGCUUCGCGCGAGGCUGCCGCAGGCGGAUGCCUUACUUUCAGAGGAGACAGUCCCCGGAGGUCGCCAAAGUGCCCUCUCCCCGGAGGCCUUACCACCGGUGGCCACCUCGGCGGAUCAGACCUUUUGGUCGCGACCUGAGGGCGGUGGGACAGCGCUGGACAUGGGACAUCGACAUCAGAUGAGAAGGAGAAAGGAUGUUGGGUUUUCCCCCCCCACCUUCAAAUUGGACCCCAGGUCGGCCGCCAAUGAUUCCUCCUUCCAUGGACGCAUGGGGAUCAAGAGCUUGGUGAACGUGAACAACACGGCGGAGCUCCUUGGCACGGAUCCGGGAUGGAGAGGCGGGUCCGGAGGAGAGGGCGGAGAGGGCGGAGAGGGCGGAGGCUUUUGCAUUUGGCCUACCUCCAAUCCAGGACGAUCGGUCGGCGCAUGGCGCAUGUUCGAACAGGAAGAGGCGGAAGAGGCCUGUUCACAGGCGGUGAGCUAUCGCUUUGCCCAGCUGACGGAUGUGCACAUCGAGAAUGGCCAUUUGAAGGGUGAUGUGUGCCGAGUUGCUGAGGCUUUCAACAAGUCAACUUGUAUUCCAUUUCAGGUGGAGCCUGAAGCAUCUUCCUACCCUUUGGGUCGCUUGAAUUGCGACCCUCCGGUGGCACUCCUACGCUCGAUCAUGGAGCACAUGGCACGGAUCACCGAGGACCGGGGUGAAGGCGGCAAGCCGGAAUUCGUGCUCUUCACAGGUGAUAUCCCGAGCCACCAGCUGUCAUGCCAGUUCCACCAAGCGAGGACGAUCGAGAUGGUGAUCACCAUGUUGGCCAAAGGAAUCAAGUCGGUCGCGCCCAAGCUCUACCCGGCCAUGGGGAACAAUGACUAUUUCCCCAACUACAACAUCUCUUUGGAGCCCAAUAGCCCCUGGCAGCAGUUCGUGGCCUCUGUCUACGCCCGCGAAGGAGUGCUGGAAGGCGAGGCGUUGAAGACCUUCGCCCGAGGCGGCUAUUACACGGCGACACCAAGACCUGGACUGAGACUGCUGGUGUUGAACACGGUGGUCUGGAGCCAGAAAGUCUUGGAUUGGGACGCUGCACCGAAACGUCAUGUCCAGCACCAUCGCACCAUCGCCAAUGAACACCUCUACAAAGGGGCGGAUGCUCCGUUGCCGGGUGCCGAUACCAGCGGCUGGACCUGGGACGAAGAUGUGGUCGACAAGAAAGUCUUCGUGAGCUGCGACGACCGUCCGGCCGACCCCUAUGGCCAGCUGGCCUGGGCCCGGGCGCAGCUGGCGGAGGCCUCGCGCGCCGGCGAGCGGGUCAUCGUCGCCGGGCACGUGCCGCCCGGAGACAAGGUGGGGAGCAACAACUUCUGUCCUCAACACUUGGCGGAUCUGGUGAACUUGACGCGCGACUUCGCAGAGAUCAUCGAAGUGCAGCUCUAUGGCGACCAUUCCAACGAUGAGUUCCGCAUGGUCUGGAGCGAAACCGGCCACCGUACGCGUGCGGCCGCGGUGUCCUCAGUGCUGGUGAGUGCCGGGGUGACGCCUCGCAAGCACUGCAACCCCUCGUGGCGGCUCUUUGAGGUCUCGAAGGAUCAUGAAGUCUCGGACUUCACUCAGUUCUACCUCCCCUUGGCCGACACAGACAUCCGCCUGAAGAUGGAUAAGAAGUGGGAGAAACUACAUGCGAAAGGCAAAGAUGAAGCCGUUUCAUGGAAGUUUUGGCGCAAGCAAUACUCCUUCCAUGAGCAAUACGGUGUUGGUCUUGACCCUGAUGAGCUUGAAUAUCUAUGGUUUCGGCUGCAGAAGAAUCCCAAAUUGCUUCGAACGUAUUUGGGUCAUAUGUUCUCUCAGACCGUGGGCUCCAACGACUACUUCGACUACAUUUGUGAUAUGAGAUAUCUCAGUGCCGAGGACAACGAGCUUUGUUCCGACCCUUGGAUGCUGAAAAAAGAAAGUGACCAGAUGCGUGUUAGUUUGGCCUUGGUGGUGAAGUUCUCUCAGAGUCUGUGGUUUUCACCAAAGAAUGAAUCUGUGUUCUGA